AUGGCCAGUCAAUGGGAACGGCCACCUCCUUGUCCGAGAGUCAUUAUCGACAGCGGAACGGGCUGUCUGAAAGCGGGUCUCAGCGGACCUGAAGCUCUCCCAACAGUAAUUACGCCUUCUAUCGACGACGUUUGGUUACGCCACUUUUGGGUUGACGAAUCACCGUCGUACUUUGAGCGAGAGAAAAGAGAGUCUAUCGUAAAGUUCGAGGCUUUAGAAAAGCUGUGGAAGUUUGCUCUCACCACACUCAAUGUAGAUGUAACACAAUACGAGGUCAUACUUACUGAAAGUGAGUUGAAUGUUGGUAAAGACCGCGCAGCGAUGGCACAAAUUAUGUUUGAAGAAUAUGGUGCGCCGGGAUUGUAUAUCGGUAACGAAUCGGCUCUUUCUCUAUACUCGUAUUGGCAUAAAACAGGCGUGGUUGUUAACUGCGGACACCUUGUUACUACAAUUGCAAUGUUCUACAGAGAUCAACUAAUAACGAACAAGAUACUAAACUAUGGCGGUCGAGAUGUGACCAUGCGUUUACUAUCAGAUUUAGUCAAAAGUGGCUACGACAAGCUGAACCCUCAAAACCCGGCUCACGUCACCGAAGUGCAAAAGAUAAAAGAAAAAGUAGCGUGCGUGAGUUGCAAAUACGACGAAGACGUGCGCUUUCCAGAUCGAAUGGAUUCAAUUCCGGUUCCCUGUAAAGUGGUCAAAGACAACGUCGUGAAUAUUCGCCACGAGCGUUUUGCGUGUGCGCAAGGUCUCUUUCGUCCUGACAUGUUUCAAAAGCCUGACAACGGCAUUUCAGACGCAAUCUACUGUGACGUGGAGAAACACAAUCCAGAGUUACGAAAAAAGCUUUAUUUCAACAUCUUUUUGUGCGGCGGCGGUUCAAUGCUGCCGUCGUUUGAAGAGAGGUUAGAUGACGACCUCAAAAGAUUGACGAGGAGAAAAGAAUAUAUUCGAGUCAAUGCUGCACCGCAUCGUCAAUACAGUGCUUGGAUUGGUGCAAAUAUCUUAGUCAAUCGAAUGCCGGACGUUCUCAAGAAAUUAUUGGUCACCAGAUCGGAAUAUCAGGAAGAGGGUGCGAAAGCAUUCGAAAGGAAACUAUCCCAUAAAACUUUGGUUGAUUUCAAAUGCAAAUAAUUUAGUUUAGAAUUGCGCGCAGUUAAUGAAUAUUUUCGUAUCUGCAGCAUAAACAUGGUAUUGAGUUAUUCUACAGAAUAGAGUAUGUAUACACAAACAAGCAAAUACAAACAUAAGUAUACAAGUUUAUUAAUUGCCUUAUUGGUAAUAAAAAUAUUCUAAA